UCACGGCACACACCACUGGUGUGUCUGCUCUCGAGGCCUCAUUUGUGCUGGAUUCUUGAACUACAGUUGUUGGGCUCUUCACACACUGUAUUGGCAGUUGCUGGGCUCUCCACACACUGUACUGACAGUUGCUGGGCUCUCCACACACUGUACUGACAGUUUCUGGGCUCUCCACACACUGUACUGACAGUUGCUGGGCUCUCCACACACUGUACUGACAGUUGUUGGGUUCUCCACACACUGUACUGACAGUUGCUGGGCUCUCCACACACUGUACUGACAGUUGCUGGGCUCUCCACACACUGUACUGACAGUUGCUGGGCUCUCCACACACUGUACUGACAGUUGCUGGACUCUCCACACACUGUACUGACAAUUGUUGGUAUCACCAUCACAACCGAAGUCAUAUUCUGAACCAGUUCAUCACCAUGUCUAUCAGUAAUUACUGGGUGACGGCACUGUUAGUGCUGCCCUUAUUCACAGGGCAAGAAAUAAGCCCACAUAUACCCCGUGAAAUUCCCUGUCCAGUUGAGACAGUCAUUGCGCCCUGCAUCUGCAGUACUUUGAGCGAUUUUGAGAUGGAUAUGGAUUGCUCGGGUGUCACUGAUUCUGAUGAACUAAAAAAUAUAUUUAGCCAAGGCUUUCCCUUCAAUGACUUUGUUCAUCUGUAUAUCAAGAAUAAUAGGGGAAUCAGGGUACUGAGGGCAGGAGAUCUGGGCUCAGCUACCUUCCAGGAGAUUCACAUCACUAAUGGAGUUCUGGAGAACAUAGAGGAUGGAGCUCUCUCCUCCAGCUAUGCAACACUCAAAUUGUUAAAUAUAACAACUAAUGUCAUGAGUACUAUUAGCGCUAGUGAAAUUAGCUCAAUGCAAAAACUCGUCAUCCUUGAUGCGUCCCAUAAUAACUUCAACAGCUUUCCAGAUUUAACGUCCAUUUGUCUGGAAAUCUUGAACUUUGGAAACAAUCCACUGGGAGGUAUAAGCCGCGAUGCUCUUCAGAAUGUUAAGAAUGUGACAGACGUACAGCUUCCGUCCUGUCAGAUAGCGACUCUCCUCGAAGGAACCUUCACGGAACUUGAUCAGCUACAUAACAUCAAUCUGGACAGCAACCAUUUGACCACCAUCAACACAGGAGUAAUAGAUAUAGUGGUGGCCUCUGGUUCAGUGUCCUUAAAUAACAACAAAAUAGCAAGCAUUGCUCCUGGUGCUCUGAAAGGUGUGAGAGAUGAAGUCUGGCUGAAGAACAACCAACUUAUUGUACUCGAUGAACAACUGUGGCGACCACUCUUUCAGAAUGGCACUACGCUGUACGCUGAAGGUAACCCUCUCAGCUGUAACUGCUCCAUUGCCUGGGUUGUUCUCCAAGAAACCUUCAUUCAUCGUCUGGGAGAUGAUGUGGCUUGUGCUGAUGGAAGACUGAUCAGGGAUCUGGACAGAGACACCUAUGUUGAAUUGUGUAUCUAAUGAAGUUACUUUCUAUCCUCAGUCUCCCUUCAAAUAUCCUACAUAUUUGUCUUUCAAUAAUAUUUACCAAUUCUCUUAGAGAUGUACAAAUCAUUAAACAUCUGAAAUAAACCAUCUGAAGGAAUUUACUGACAAGACAGACCAAUUGAUUCUGGUGCAAGAAUGUUCAUGUCCACUACAAAACGUUUCCGUCAUCCCUUCCCCCCAAAAAUAUAAAUAAUUUAUUAAGUUUUGUGGACUAGUUGGUUUUGUAUAACAAACACUGAACCAUAAGAAUCAUCUUAAUUCCUUAUUAUGAAAUAUUUGUUCAUCCAGUAGAAAUUAGUUUAUAUACUUAAUUGCACCAUCAGUGGUAUAAUACACAACAUGAGUCUGUGAUACAGUAUGAUUAUAGGUGUCUUAAGGUGCUACAGUAUGACUAUAAUUUAACAUGUGUGACUGAUUUUUAUACAGGGCUUGAAAGGUAAGUUAAUGGAAGGCCUAUAAAUGACCAAAAUCUCUGACCAUAUGGUUAAAUUCCCAUAUCCACUGACAGACACCCCAAAGCAUGGUAAAAAUUCCAAGUUUACUGUGUGUCCUCUGGAUCGACUAUUGUUCCUCACUAAUACUUCAUCCUGAGAAUAUGCGUUUUUACCUACUCACAUAAAAUAUAAAAAUUAAAACAUAAUUAUCCCA